AUGUCUUCCGAAAAUUUUGAAGUAGACGUAGAGAAGGAGAAGGAGGAGGAGAAAGUACAACAAAUCUCGUCCCCAUCAUUCUUUGAAAGAAAUGAACAACCAAUUAAAGUCUUUGGGGCCUCAUUAAUUCUCCUACUGACUGCAUUAUUUAUUAAUUUUAGCAAUCCUGGACACGGUAAAGGAAGACCUAUCAUUAGAAAUCAUGUUAGGGAAUCUAGCAGCUAUAUAAUGCCAUUUACAGAUGCAUCUCAAGGUGUACACCAUCCAGUGGAUGAUGGGAUCAGAGAGAAAGCCGUCAUGGUUACAUUAUCUAGAAACCGUGACUUAUGGCAAUUGUUACAGUCUAUUCGUGACGUCGAAGACCGUUUUAAUAAUAGAUAUCAUUAUGACUGGGUGUUUCUAAAUGAUGUUCCUUUUACUGAUGAAUUCAAACGUGUUACUUCUGCAAUGGUGUCUGGUAAGACAAAAUAUGGUCUCAUUGAUGAAGAUCAAUGGUCUGUCCCACCAUGGAUUGAUGAGGCAGAGUUUGAAGAAAGAAGAAAAUGGAUGGAAGCUCAAGAGGUCCCAUACGGAGGCAUGGUUCCUUACAGACACAUGUGCCGUUAUCAAUCUGGGUUUAUAUGGAGACAUCCAUUAUUGGAUGAAUACGAUUAUUAUUGGAGAGUUGAUACAGAUAUUAGAAUAUAUUGUGACAUCCAGUACGAUAUCUUUAAGUUCAUGAGAGAAAACAAAAAGAAAUACGGGUUUAUUCUAUCGUUAAGUGAAUAUGAAGCUACUAUCCCAACCUUUUGGGAUACGGUUAAGAAAUUUGUAGAAGAUCAUCCCGAACAUAUUCACCACAACAAUCUGUUAGAUUUUAUAUCCGAUGAUCGUGGUGAUACAUUUAACCUAUGCCAUUUUUGGACCAAUUUUGAAAUUGCAUCAUUGGAAUUCUAUAGAUCCGACGCAUAUAGAGACUAUUUUGAGUUCUUAGAUCAUUCUGGUGGCUUUUAUUAUGAAAGAUGGGGUGAUGCUCCUGUCCAUUCUGUUGCAGCUGCACUAUUCUUGGAUAAAUCUGAAGUUCAUUUCUUCGAUGGUCUUGGAUUUUAUCACCCAGAUUACCAUUCCUGUCCCAUCGAGGAAGAUAUUAGACUACAAAACAAAUGUAUCUGCGAACCCUCAAAAGAUAAUACGUGGUGGCCAUUCUAUUUCUGUAAUAGAAAAUUCUUCGAGGUCCAAGGCCUACCUAUACCACCUGAAGUACCACUUGAUUAG